UGUAAUUGCUAAUCACACUGUUAUCUUCUGUUUCUACAUGUAGUUACCCUUAUUAUCUCGCUCUUCUAUGUCUGUUCCAGCCAAGAUUCAUAAUGACUGUGUCCUAUACUUUAAAAAUGGCCAAUGCCAGCUUUGGGUGCUUCUUCAAGUUGCUCUUCAGGUGGAAAGGGAGCAUUUAUAAGUUACUAUACAAAGAGUUUAUUGUCUUUUGUUGUCUCUAUGCCAUGCUGAGUGUUACAUAUAGGUGCUUAUUGAAUGAAAAGCAGAAGAGCGAGUUUGCACAGCUGGCUCGAUACUGUAACCAAUACACAGACUUGAUCCCUGUUUCAUUUGUGCUGGGUUUCUAUGUUACUCUGAUUGUGAACCGUUGGUGGGCUCAAUACACCAAUAUUCCCCUCCCUGAUCAGCUGAUGUGUGUGGUCUCCAGCAAUGUCCAUGGUGGGGAUGAAAGAGGGCGCUUGCUGAGACGUACCAUGAUGAGAUAUGCUAAUCUAUCAUCAGUUCUCAUUCUGAGAUCCGUCAGUACACGGGUGCUUAAGAGAUUUCCAACCAUGGAGCACAUUGUUGAAGCAGGUUUUAUGACCCGCGAGGAGCUAAAGAAAUAUGAGUGUCUCUUCUCAGAUUAUAACAAGUACUGGAUCCCCUGUGUGUGGUUUACUAACCUGGCAGCCCAGGCUAGAAGAGACGGGCGAGUGAGAGAUGAUGUGGCACUGAAAUUACUUAUGGAUGAGCUGAACAAAUAUCGUGCAAAGUGUAGCAUGCUCUUUCACUAUGACUGGAUCAGUGUCCCACUAGUGUAUACUCAGGUGGUUACGAUUGCCGUUUAUUCAUUCUUUGGUGUUUGCAUCAUUGGAAGACAAUUUCUGGAGCCUGAAUUGGAAGAAGAAAAACCAAAUAUAGAUUUGUAUGUCCCUAUUUUCACAUUGCUGCAGUUCUUCUUUUACUCGGGUUGGCUAAAGGUCGCCCAGCAAAUCAUUAAUCCGUUUGGAGAGGAUGAUGAUGAUUUUGAAACCAACCGAUUAAUAGACAGGAACUUGCAGGUUUCCUUGUUAUCUGUAGAUGACAUGUAUCAGAAUCUUCCCCCCUUAGAAAAGGACAAAUACUGGGACGAUCAGACUGCAGCUCCCCCAUACACCUUGGCAACUGCAGCAGAAACUCUGAAACCAUCAUUCAUGGGAUCUGCUUUCGACAUGCGAUUUCUAGGUGAUGCAGAGCAGAGCCAACAAGUAGCGGUUACCCCCAAUAUGCCAAGGGCUCGAACCCCAAUGCUAAGCCGUUUCCUCUCAUCUGCCCCCUCACCUGCAGUAAGUUUGAAGAACUUUAUGGGCCGGGGGACACGGGGUCACCAUCUUGUGCGAUUUAGAGGGGAUGGCUACCCCUCUCCUAACCCAAACUCCCGCAACAGUGAUCUGGAACAUGACUCUGUGGGUCGCAUUGAUGAGGAAGAAACAACAGAGGAUGAAAAGGAAAGCCGGGCAAGUGAGCCUCCUACCCCAAAGGUAACACUCAGGGUACCUCGCAGGCUAGAGGCCUCAGAGCAACAGAAAAAGAGGGAGCAGCCCAAGCCACCUCCUCUGGUCAUUAUAGUUGACGAGCCAUCAGAUGAGAGCCUGAACUCAGAGCCAGCAGAGUGCUAACUUCAACAACUACACAGCACAAAAUAGCUGUUUUUUUUUCAAGAGCAUCAGUGAUGAAAUUAUGACUAGGGACAGUAAAAGAUGACUUUUAAAGGAAACAUUUGCUUCAAUGCUUGAUGCUUCUAAAUGAAAUUUUAUAUAAACUUUACUUCUGUUUUCUGAAAGAACAUCCAGAAGUUGUAGUAUUGUGAUAUUCACUUGCCUUUCUAAGUAUGCAGUAGAUACUUAUAUUAAUACAUACUUAUAUAUUUAAAGGAGAAGGAAUGUCAUUUUAGUAUUUUACUGCCAAUAGAUUUGCCACAUUAGUGCCACCUAGAACGUUAUAUUUAUUCUGCAGAAAACUUUACUAUACCUGAGUAAAGAGCCCUAGAAGCUUUCUCUAAGAUUGCAGCUGCCAUUUUAGCUUGGUGUUCAUAGCCCCCUGCUUGCAGUCUAGCGUUAUAGCUCAGAUCAAACGAGUGAGUUUGAUGAAUUCCAGAAGGGAGAGAGAACUGCACAGACUCUGGCCCCAGGAAUGAAAGAUUUUUCUGAGAAAGGAAAUCAGAUAUCCAAGAGCAUGUUUACUAAAAAUCCUAUUUCUUUUGAUAGAGGACUCAGUGCAGCGUUUCUGUGACUGCUAAUGGCUGUAUUUACGUAGACCUUUCUGGUAACAAUUGCUUGGUUUUUACCUUUCCUUCUUCUUUAAGAUCAGUGUCUGAAAAUAAAAGUGGAUGUUGU